AAGGUCAUGCAAUUGCAGCCGUUUGACAUGUCUGAACGAUGGCUGUUUCCCACCGUCUUGUUAUGUAUUUAUGGCUUUUUCACCAACCUCAGACCGUCGGAACCUUUUCUUACCGCGUUUUUGAUGGGACCUGACAAAAACCUCACCGAAACCGAGGUUGUGAAUGAGAUUUAUCCAUUGUGGACCUAUUCCUACCUCGUGUUGCUGUUUCCUGUCUUCCUGGCCACAGACUACCUUUGCUACAAACCCGUGCUCAUAGUGCAGGCCAUAAGCUUCAUAGUGACGUACGCCAUGCUUCUGAAAGCCCGGGGGGUGCUGGCUAUGCAGAUUAUGGAAUGUUUCUUCGGCCUCGCCACGGCAACCGAAGUGGCCUACUAUUCCUACAUCUACAGUGUGGUGGAGCCAGCCCAGUACCAGAGAGUGACCGGUUUCUGCCGCAGCGUCACGUUACUGGGCUUGGCCGUUGGUUCGCUCGUCGGACAGUUGCUGGUGUCGCUGGCGCAGGUCCGCCUGCUUCACCUGAGCACCAUCACGUUGGUGUCCGUGUGUCUCGCCUUUGUCACGCCCUGGUGUCUGCCCAUGCCCAGUAAGAGUCUCUUCUUCCACCAAACAGAGGACGACGACCCAGGAGAAGAAGCGGAGUCUGUGAACCACCUGAACGGCAAGGAUCUCGCGGCUGGGCCGGAGGACCCAGGAUGCAAAGUGCCUCUGAAUUCUUCUCACCCUGUGCUCCUCCGUUGCCCCCCGAAGGUUCCGAGAACGAGAGAGAGACGUAGGAACGGUCUGAUAGAGGUCUUGAAGAUUUUGUGGCUGGACUUCAAGCAGUGUUACUCUUGCUGGACCCUGCUGGCCUGGUCUGUCUGGUGGGCUCUCUCCACCUGUGGUUACUUCCAGGUGGUCAACUACGUCCAGGCCCUGUGGGAGAAGGUUCUGCCCUCCCAGGAGGUUGAGAUCUACAACGGCUAUGUGGAGACGAUCUCUACCCUGCUUGGAGCGCUAGCAGCUUUCGUGGUGGGUUUCGUGAAGGUGUCGUGGGCAGACUGGGGUGAGCUAGCCCUCUGCGUUUUUUCGGUGGUCAUCGCUGUGGCCGUUUAUGUCAUGGACACCGUGAGGAACAUCUGGGUUUGCUACACCUCCUACGUGGUCUUCAGGGCCACGUACAUGCUUCUCAUCACCAUAGCGACGUAUCAAAUUGCUGCCAAUCUCAGUAUGAAGAGGUAUGCCCUGGUGUUUGGGGUGAACACCUUCGUCGCUCUUUUACUUCAGACCAUACUCACCGUGAUCGUGGUCGAUUCGGCCGGCUUGGGCCUCGACAUUUUCCCUCAGUUUAUGAUCUACGCUAGCUACUUCGCAGCGAUCGCCGUCAUCUUCCUCGCAGCCGGACUCUACAAAGUAGUGAUGAGGAGAAGAGCCUACUCCCAAGCUCAGACUGAACACGGGGAAACGGAAACGGAAUCGGAAUCCGCGAGGGGAGAGUCUCCGCUUUCCGACGAGUAGCAGGUGUGGGGGGGCGUUCGGUGUAGUUUUCCGUACGUAGAUAGUCGAAGCUGCAAAUGUUCCCAAAAUACUGUGAUAUCCUUAGGAUAUUCCGAAAAAUGUCUGCAUUCCUAGAUUUUAUUUAUUCUGACCUCGUCCCAUCUACGCUAACCCUAUGCUAGUGCUGAGCGGAGAUCAACAGCAGAGUUCGAUUCGGUUCUUUGUCAGCUCGCGGGGAAAAUGAAUUGCACUUAGAAAUUUAUAAUGAUCAUCUGGCAUAAAAACCAAAACAUAUUUUUUUUAAAUAUGUGUUGUAGUCUUUGUUGAUUUAUUUGGAAC